AUGCUGUUACUGCAGUUCCUGUCGCUGCAUUCAAACACCAACUCAAUUUAUCUCUGGGUAGUGUUCUGUAUGGGUUUGUGUAAAAUGUUUCUGUGGAGUCUGGAUGAAACCAUAUUAGCCAACCCUAUGCCAUCCAACUAGAUGUCUUCAAAUGCCAUCCUGGUUGGAGGUUUCAUCUGCUUCUAGAUGGAGCUCUGGCCUCAUCUAGGCCACUGCCUUCAUCUUCAGCAGUACAAAGCAGAAUGAAGUAUGCAAGUGAACUGAACCAAGAGAAGGGGGAGGGACAGAGGUAGAGAGUAACGUGUCACAGUGUGAUUGGCCAACCCCACCUGUGAGCUCCACCCUACUCAAACCCUACCAGGACCUGACCUGUCUUUACCACUAAUCCCUAGAUCUGCCGUAGGAGCAGGGUGGGUUUGUGGAGAGGACAGCGCCACCACCCUACCGACACCCCUGCACGCCUCCAAUAAGCCCUCCAAGGCGCCUCCAGCCAGACACGAGCUGUAUGAGGCGGCGGAAGCGAUGUGGGCUAAGGCGCUGGCUCUGAACACCCUGGCGCCGGAGUACCAAGGACAGAACAACACAGAGAUCGCGGCCCAAGUGGGAGGAGAGGCGACACUAAGCUGCUACACUUAUCACUUGUCUGACGAAAGGGUGGCGUGGCUGAAGAGGGACGAUGACCAGCUGCUGACGGUGGGACAGGAGGUGUACGCCGCGGAAAAGAGGUUCUCAGUGGUACACGCUGACCAUGCUGAGGCUUGGGAACUCUGGGUGAAGGAUGUAGAACUGACGGACGCGGGCCAGUACGAGUGCCAGCUGACCACCAACCCUCCUGUGUCCUUUUUCUUCACCCUGACAGUCACUCAGGCCCAGGCGGUAGUGGCGGGGCCGUCAGAGGUACACAUAGAGGAGGGUUCUCUGUUAUCCCUGGAGUGUUACGUCAAGCAGGCACCGGUACCCCCUGUCUACAUCUUCUGGUACCACAACAAGACCAUGGUGAACUACGCCAGGCAGCAUCACAUCCAAGUAGACCACCAGAACUACACAAGCACACUAGUGGUAGCCAGGGUAAGGAGGACGGACGCAGGCACCUACUCGUGUCAACCCCACCUGGCAGCCCCGGCAAACAUUACGGUCCACGUGGUGACAGGUGAGCACCCCGCGGCGAUGCAACACGGGGGGACGCACGAGGAAGGGGUGGCGCCUCCUGUCAGCCAUGGACAUUCCUGCUCCCAAGUCUCUUUCCCAUUCCUCCCCUGCUUCGUCGUGUUAUUUGUGGGCAGGUGGCUUGUGACUCGCUGAUUACAGGUGGGAAAUGGUGUGUGUGUGUGUGUGUGUGUGUGUGUGUGUGUGUGUGUGUGUGUGUGUGUGUGUGUGUGUGUGUGUGUGUGUGUGUGUGUGUGU